AAUUCCAGUUCCGGUAGAUGGCAGUUCCGCCAUGGCCUCCCAGAGCGAUAUUCCAAAUAGUCCGGGGUCCCAGCGAAGAGGAGUGAAAGAGGCUGCGGCGGAGGGUACAGGAGUGGAUAAGUACUCGGUGCUUCUCCCCACCUACAAUGAACGAGAGAACCUGCCUCUCAUCGUGUGGUUGCUGGUGAAGAGCUUCGGAGAAAGUGGAAACAACUAUGAAAUUAUAAUCAUAGAUGAUGGAAGUCCAGAUGGAACACAGGAAGUUGCUGAACAGUUGAAAAAGAUAUAUGGGUCAGAUAAAAUUCUUCUAAGACCCAGAGCUAAAAAGCUUGGACUCGGAACAGCAUAUAUUCAUGGGAUGCAACAUGCUACAGGAAACUUCAUUAUUAUUAUGGAUGCUGAUCUCUCACACCAUCCAAAAUUUAUUCCAGAAUUCAUUAGGAAACAAAAAGAAGGUAAUUUUGACAUUGUUUCUGGAACUCGCUACAAAGGAAAUGGAGGUGUCUAUGGCUGGGAUUUGAAGAGAAAAAUUAUCAGCAGGGGAGCCAACUUCCUAACUCAAAUUUUGCUGAGACCAGGAGUAUCAGACUUAACCGGAAGUUUCAGGUUAUACCGAAAAGAAGUUCUACAGAAAUUAAUGGAAAAAUGUGUUUCUAAAGGAUAUGUCUUCCAGAUGGAAAUGAUUGUUCGAGCUAGGCAACUGAACUAUACCAUUGGAGAGGUUCCUAUCUCAUUUGUGGAUCGUGUUUAUGGUGAAUCCAAGUUGGGAGGAAAUGAAAUAGUCUCCUUUUUGAAAGGAUUGUUGACUUUGUUUGCCACUACAUAAGAUGACAUUAUUCAUUUUAUUUUUUUAAUUAUCAUGUUCAUUUCAUUUUUAACAUAAGACAAAAGACCUGGUUGCUGAUUUUUAAAUUGUACUCUUAAACCAUAAACAGUAAGGUAAGGUAAAUUUCAUAUACACCUUAAGUUUUCUUUUCUAGAAGUUUGUGUAUUCCAAAAUAGAUUUCACAUCUAUGUAAAGAAAAAAAGAAUAUUCUUUAUGUCUGUUUACAGUUGUAAUAAGAUUUAUAAAUAAAUUUUAUGAGAGUUGGUUUGGAUAAGCAUUGUUGCUAACAUGUACUAAAUUGGAUUUUCUUGUGUGAAGCUUUGAAAUAAUGCUUACUUAUUAGUAAAAGCAAAUUUUCCAGAUUUGGGUACCUAUGGAAUAUAGACUUUAAAAGAAUUAUGUUAUGUAAAUAAUUUAAAUAUAUUUCUAAAGUGUUUGUAUGAGUUGGCAAUCCACCAUUUGGUUUAAAAUAUCUUCUCCCGAACUAACAAGAAAAGCAACCAGCCUAUUAAAAUUAACAUAUUAGGUUUUUUGGUUCAUUGCAGCUUGAAUAAGUAAACCUGUUUAACUUUUAAAUUUGUGGAAAACUGCAUUCUAAUAUGAAAAAAUCACAGUAAGAGUUAAACCAGUUUACUAAUGAAAAUAUUAAAUGUAUGUUUUGAAUGAAAGUUGUAUAGAUAUAUUAAGCAGUUAAGAACAUUUUCCUCAGUGAGGAAGAAAACAUCCAAUUCUAUGAGAUUCAAAUUGCCAUUCUAGUCAUUUUAAAGUAAUUUGCCAAAUAUCUUGGGCUUUUUUUCCCCAAGAAAACACA